UCAAUCGGUUUGCAACAUAAAAAAUAUUGUUUUGCAUAUAUUUACUUUAAGUAAAAUUAGCGGUCAUCAUUCGCUCGUUGGUUGGCUGUUAUCGAUUUUAAAACAGGACCGGGACUAUUUUCGAGUUGCUAAACUUUGAAAUGUGGGCACGUCUCCUUCUCUCAUCGAUAAAUAACUACUCUGUAAAUUUUCUGACGUGUGCAAGUAUGACGUCUCCGUAAUUCGGUUACGUGCCAUUUUAUGUGUGGUGACCAUUGGCUAUUGCGAAUAUAUGCCCGUAAAUUUUUGUAAAACAGCGUUAGUCUAUCGCGAUAGCGAAUCAUCUUCGGACGAGACUAAUUUUUGAAAUAUUCUGCAACAUUGGCACAAUAUUUAUUUAUACUUACUUAUAUCAUAAAACUGUCAUACGUAGAUAAAUUUAUAUAACGCUAUCAAUGGUGUUAUUACCCGUUGAUUUAAAAUUUCAGUGUUAACGUGUGUGGUUUUCAGCACAAUACUACAUAAAGAUAGAGGAGCCUCCUGAUUGGAGCUGCCUUCGACUAUUUUCGUUCUAUCAUUAUCACUACAUUUGAAUAAGUUAAAAAUUGGUGACACUUUCGGUGUUGGUUAUACAAGGCGUGUGGGGAUGGUUUACCUGUUGGCCGACUGGGGUAUGGGAGAUUCUGAAACCCGAAACCGACACUAUGCAGAGAACUCACGUGAUCUCUUGCGUUUUAACCAACACUCUACUGAACACCUUGAUGUCAUUAAUGAUGAAAUCGACUUACAUCCACUUAGUAACCAAGUCGGAGGUCACACGCGAUUGAUGGUAUUGAAUCCGAGUACAAUUUGCAAGCCUUUAAACUUUAGGGAGCUAGACUUUUACCAAAAUAUUCAAGACAAAGACAUCAGAUUGUUUGUACCUAAAUAUAAAGGAGUCAUGCAGGCUACUCUGUGCAGUGGUGCCAAAUUGGAAAAACGAUACAGUCCUAGCUUUAGAGACGAUACAAGGUCCAAAAGCGGCUCAAAAAGGAAAAGGGAAGAAGUUAUUAAAAUUCGCGUCCACCAUAACGGUAACCCCAAAGAAGUAUUAAAAAGUAUCUCUCAAUCCGAUAAUAGUAACAAGCAAUACUUCUUAAUGCUAGAAAAUAUCACGUCCCGUUAUACACACCCUUGCAUACUCGAUUUGAAAAUGGGCACUCGACAGCAUGGUGAUGAUGCAUCAGCGGAAAAAAGAUGCAAACAAAUGGCCAAGUGCGCGGCCAGCACUUCGGCAUCUUUGGGGGUGCGUUUGUGUGGCAUGCAAGUGUACCAAGCCGAUUCCGAUCAUUAUUACAAAAAAGACAAAUAUUGGGGUAGGGAACUGAACGAAGAUGGAUUCAAAAAUGCCCUUUCUAGGUUUUUUCACAAUGGAUACGGUCUUCGGGUUGGAGUGAUACGAAAAGUAAUAGCAAAAUUAGAGCAACUUAGGCAAAUUAUUGAAAAACAAAGCAGUUACAGAUUUUAUUCAUGUUCCCUUCUAGUAGUUUACGAAGGUAAUGGCGGUAUUCCCCGAUUGAAUGUCACUACGUCCGAUACCUUCUGCGACGACUUCACACACGAAUCUGAAGAUAAUAGCGGCGAAAUAUCAUUUUGCUACGACGCGGAUACAAGUAAUUCGUCAGCGGACUUGAGCCACGAUGAAGUGAGUCAAGACUCGCACCAUCGAGGUUUCGGUGAGGCCGCGGCUAGAGGUGCCAAAAGCACAUUCUUCCCCGUCUCCGAAGAGACCGUGUUCAUGGAUCCCCCCGCCAAUAUUCCCUCCAUAAGGACGUCAAGUCCUGUCGAUAAUUGGGUAACCUAUUCGAACAGUAGCAGCGACGAAUAUUCGUUAUCGGGACAAUUCGCUGGUGCUAGUUCAAACGAAGACACGUUGGAUUUUGAAGUUGCGACGCCAAAAAAGAACAAACAAGAAACCGUGCAAUACAGAGACUUAGAGGAAGAAGAUGACGAGCCGGUUUUAGGUGCAAGCAGUAACUUAACGAAAAGGUUACGUAUGAAGGAUUCGUUAUUGACAGUUCCAUCCUGCAGCACAUUACGACCUCGAUCACCUAGCCUUCCUCAGGUGGACCUGCGAAUGAUCGACUUUGCUCACACGAGUUUCGCGGCCAAGUCAAACAGUUGUUCCAGUUCAUCGGUUGUGCAUCAAGGACCUGACGGGGGUUUCUUAACAGGUUUAGACAGUUUAAAACGACUUUUAUUGCAAAUACUUGCAGAAGGCUGAUUAAAAAUCAACUCAAUAAAACACAUGAAACUAGUAAGGUGCUUCCUUUUUUGUGAAAAAUUAGAAAAAAAGCGCAAUAUUUUCAUCCAAGAUAAAGGUACCUAGCUACAUCAAACAUUUAUUAUUAUGCGACAACAAAGUUAAGUUUGUCUUUCCAAACACGUUCGGAAGCUUUUUACGCCGAAAAGUUCGAAGUAAUUGUAAUUGUUUCAGUGUAACAAGAUCUGCAUUUGCUCGCUUUUGAGCCCGUUUUCGAAUUACUUCCACUGAAAUAAUUUACAUAUUCAACUCGAGUUAGCUAAUUUUUCAACAAGUAAAUGUUUUUUUUCUUCUUUUUUUGUAUCUUGUUGGUCUUCUCAAGAUUUGUUAUAUUGACAACAGUAUUUCUAUACAAGAGUGCAAUUAUGUGAAAGUGGCAGAGAAUGUGUGUUGUUUUUUAUGCGGACGGACGAUAAUGAAACAUGCCAAGUUACAGACAUUGUGAUAGAAGCUUGAUUGAAUAUAAAUAAUUUCUAGACAUUCCAAAAGCUAUUUCUAACAUUUUAACAGAAUCUAAAUAUAAGUAAAGUAUAGAGUAAAUUAUACACAUC